GAACAAUUCAAUACAAUACUAACAUCAUAUUAAUUCAAUUUUUAACUUAAAUGGAUACUAAAAUGGAUGAAGAUAAUAAACCAGAGACUUCAAACACAAUAAAUAUUAAGAAACCGAAAAGGGUCAUUCAUUGUAGUGAUGGAGUAUACGAAGAAUACAGCUCUGACGAAGAGGAAGCAAAGGAAGAUCCAAAAGACAUGUCAUUAAUCCGAAGAAUUGGUCACCGGAUCGUUUUUGGACUUGAUUAUGUUGGUGAAGGCCUUGCAAACAUACUGAACAUUUCAACACCAAAAUAUGCCUACGAAAUUGAGCAAUUCAAGAAGAUGGAAGAAGAAAGACAGAAAGAGGAACAGCAUGAACGAGAAAAUGCUUGGGAAAUGAAGACAGAAGAGGUUGCUGUACCAAUCACAGAAGUUCCUAAAAAGAAUGAAUCAUCUGAAACCAACUAGUCGAAUAUUGAUGAAUCAUGACUUUAUAUGAAGCGUACUGAAUGGUUAUUGGUUUAAGGAUCUCUCAUAUAAAGUGGCUACUCCAAUUAGUUCUUAUCGACUCUAGUUUAAUAUUUUUGACUUGACAAUCUUAAAUCAAGUUUUUUUGCGAAUUUAAAACUAGUUGGAGUGCUCAUUUGAUAUCUCGGAUGA